AUGUCGUCUCCGCCGCCUACUACCACGUCAUCCGCGCCUCCGCCCGUUCCCUCGGUCGCCGCCACCACGGCGGGCUCUCCGGUGGUCGCCAUGAUGGCGGGCUCCGCUACGCCGGCGCCCGUCAUCUACACGCCCGAGCAGAUGAGCGGGGUCAUCAACGACCUCGUCACCGCGGUUCAAGGCAUCCGCCUCUUCUUGAUCGGUUCCCAGGGGCCCCCGACACCGCCGCAGCCGGCCGUCUUCUCCGUGCCAGCGCCCACGCCAUGGGUCCCGCCCUUCACGGGCGUUCCGCUGCAGCCUCCACCGGCGCUGACCCAGCCCUGGACGCAGUGGCCGCCAGCCGCCCCCGCCAUCCCGAGUGCCGCAGCCACGGGGGGCGUUCCCAUCCAGCAGAUUCGCUUUCCCCCGUCGCUGUCUCCGCUGCCGGCGUGGCUCGCAGCGUCGUCGACUCAGCCGGUCUACACCACCACCGCCGAGCCGCCGAUGCCCUCCCUCCCGAGCGCCGCCCCCGGGGGGUAUGCACGCCCACAUGAGGCGCGCCCCGACGCGCACGGCCCCGACGGGGUUACACAGCCACCGCCCCGCUACACCAAGGUCGACUUCGCCACCUACGAUGGGCCGGAGGACCCCUGA